UCAAAGAAGUCUAGGGUUUUUACGAAACUGCUUCCUGCCCAUGUCUGUUUCGUUUUCCUCCAAUUCAUGGAAGAUCUGGCAGUGGAGAAUGUUACAAAUGCACAUAGUCCUCCGGCGACAGUGCAAUCGGUGGAUGAGAUGCAUCCGUCUGAUCCUGCAGAGCCAGAAUUUGAGGAUGCCGCCUGCAUUUCUCCUCCAGAGGAGGUAGUCGACGUACGAUUCCGUUCACCGAAACCUGCCGAAGGCGAGGAAGUUAAUGUGUUUUGGCCCGCCACGUCGAGAGCUAAAUCGCAUUCACCUUUGUCCUCGGAAUACGAGCAAGUUCCUAUAUUUGAGGCCGAACAGGCUGUAACAGAGCCCCACGUAGUCGUUCAUGCGGAGGAAGAUGAAGUUCUGGCUUCUGAGAUAUCGUUCUUGUGUGCUGAACAUAAUUGUCAAGUACUUUUGGAGGGACAGGAAGCUUCUGUCCCUGAGCCCGCUACCCCACUGCCGCAGGAAGACAGGGACGCUUCCCCAGAGCCUGCACAAGGUGGAGCUGAGCCGGAUGAUUCGUCCGUGAAGGAAGAGGUUGAUCCUGAUCCUGCCCAUGUGGUUGGCUGUGAUGAGGUUGCUCGAUGCGAGAUUGCUAUGGCUGGAGAUCAGGUUGAGGCUGCUUGGGAUGAGGUUACUGAAGAGGCGGUUGAGUCUGCUGGAGAGAAUGUUGAGGCUGCUGGUUCUGGAGAUAGAGACGUUAUUUCUGAAAAUGAGUUUUCUGUGGAAAUUGAUGUGAGAAGAAGGGGUGGAAGGAGGCGAAAGAGGGGCCGUACAUCCUCUAAGGUGCAGGGGACUAGACUUCCUUCUCGAAAAAAGGUGGAAGAGGAAGUUUGCUUUAUAUGCUUUGAUGGUGGUGACUUGGUAGUUUGUGAUAGGAGGGUUUGCCCAAAGGUAUAUCACCCUUCUUGUGUCAACCGUGAAGAAUCCUAUUUCCAGUCAAAGGGCCAGUGGAGUUGUGGGUGGCAUAUAUGCAGUAAAUGUCAGAAAUCUGCAAGCUACAUGUGCUUUACCUGUACGUAUUCUUUAUGUAAAGUAUGUGUUAAUGAAGCAGAAUUUACUUGUAUUAGAGGGAAAAAAGGCUUUUGCCCGUCUUGCAUGGGUACAAUUUUGCUCAUGGAAACAAGUGAGAAUGCUGAUGAGAAUAAGGAUGGAGUAGAUUUUAAUGACCGUAGUUGUUGGGAGUACCUUUUUAAGGACUACUGGAUAGAGUUGAAAGGAAAGUUAUCAAUGAACCUAGAUGAAAUAACAAAGGCUAAAACUGUAUCAAAAGUCUGUAGUUUAGAUAUUGCAAAUGAGGAAUCUUCAGAUGACGGACAAGGAGCCAGUUCAGACAGAUCCUCAGCUUGCCAUAAUGAAAGUACUUCGAAAGAUACUUCUAGAAAGAGAAUGAAAAGGUAUUUAAGGAAUGCUAUUCUAGACAGUUCAAUAAAAGAAGGAAAAACAGAAUUCUCAGCUGUUCAUCAGGAGAAUCCUUUGAUGAUCAAGGUGAAAAAGAGGCCGAGAAAAACUGUCAAUGAGGGCACAGCAAAUGAUGCUAAAAGUCAGGUUUCUGUUUGUAAGAAAAAUUAUUCAAGAAAGAAAUUGAAAAGGAAGACAAGAAGAGCUUCUGGGGAGAACUUGCUCGGAAAUUUGGAUAAGGAACCAACAACUGCCUCUGAGGAUGUUAAUUGGGCUUCUAAGGAGCUAUUAGCUUUUGUGUCACAUGUGAAAAAUGGUGACAAGAGUAUUCUUUCACAAUAUGACGUUCAAGAAAUUCUACUUGAUUAUAUAAAAGCAAACAACCUUCGUGAUCCACGUAGAAGGAGCCAGAUUAUAUGUGAUAAAAUGCUUCUAGCACUAUUUGGUAAAUCACGUGUUGGACACUUUGAAAUGCUGAAGCUCGUUGAGUCUCACUUUCUUACUAAAGUCUCAUCACCUGCAUCAGAUGAAAACCAAGGAGGUGAUGCAGAUCCCAUUGAAAUAGGAAAUGAGGAAAAUAAUGAUUUGAUGGAAACUAAUAGAUGGAUAACACGGAAAAGAGUGGAGAGCAAGCUGCAAGCCAAUUUUUAUGAUUAUGCAGCGAUUGAUUCUUACAACAUUAACUUGAUGUAUUUGCGACGCUCUUUGAUGGAAGAGUUGAUUGAUGACAUGAGCACCUUUAGUGAAAAGGUUUUUGGAUCAUUUGUAAGAAUUAGGGUUUCUGCUGCUAGUCAAAGACAAGAAGUUUAUCGGUUAGUGCAAGUAGUUGGAUGCGGCAAGGCACCUGAAGAAUACAGAACAGGGAAAAGGAUGACAGAUGUCAUGCUUGAGAUAAUAAAUUUAGACAAGAAAGAAGUAAUAACUAUUGAUAUCAUCUCAAACCAGGACUUCACAGAGGAGGAGUGCAAGCGCUUACGGCAGAGCAUAAAGUUUGGGUUUAUCAGUAGGCUGACAGUGGGAGAAGUUCAAGAAAAAGCGAGGGUUCUACAGGCUCUGAGGGUCAGUGACCAUCUGGAAAGUGAAAAAUUACGGCUCACCCAUCUUCGUGAUCGUGCAAGCGAAAAGGGUAGGAAAAAGGAGCAUAGAGAAUGUGUAGAAAAACUGCAGCUUCUUAGCACUCCUGAAGAGCAGAUGAAGAGGCUUAAUGAAGUUCCAGAUGUACAUACUGACCCAAAAAUGGAUCCUAGUUAUGAGUCUCCUGAGGAAGAUGGAGAUGAAGAUGAAAAUAAAGAAGGUAAUCCAAUGCAAUCUACCUUCAAAGGAAGGGAGCUGAUUUCCCCACGAAAAGAAGGUAGUUAUAAUUGGAGUGGAGUACUAAAGAGCUCAAACAAUAUUAUUGCGUUGGGCAGAUCUGGACAUUGUGAUGAUUUUCAGAGCAUGGAGCUACAUGCUGUUUUGGCUGCAAGUGCAAGUGAGUUUCCUUCCCCCAAAAAAGAAGAUGUGAAAAUUAAUGUUGAAACUCAAAACACUGAGUCAAAAGCACCUGCUGUUGAGCCUUCGUCAGAAAACAAAGAACUUUCGAGGGAAUUGGCAGUUCAACUUGAACCUAAAUUGGAAACUUUACUUGCUAAAGUUGAUCCUCAAUCUAAUGCCAAUGAGAAUGAGAAGCUAUGGCACUAUAAAGACCCAUCUGGAAAAAUUCAGGGGCCAUUCUCAAUGGUGCAGUUGAGGAAGUGGAGUAAACACUUCCCAUCUAACUUGGGAAUAUGGAGAAAAUCUGAAAGGCAAGAGGACUCCAUAUUGCUAACUGAUGCACUAGCUGGGAACUUCCAGAAGGACCUACCUGAGUGGGUGCCUGGGGAUAUCAAACCCACUCAACUUGUGAAAACUAGCGAAACAACUUCAGUGGUGUAUCCAGCUCAUUUGAGCCACCCCUCCCCACCCAUCAUCAGUUCGGCUAAUAUCCAGAGAACGACUACUUCACUUUCAAUUUUCAUAGAACAAGGCAAUAAUUCUAAAUCUGAUGAUGUGGGCGUUCCUACGGGCCAGUCUUCUCUUGGGUCACAUUUGGGGUAUCAAAAUACUGCAACUCAGAAUGAAAAAGCAGUUAGAAAUGUUGCUUGUACUGAUUUAAUUGCCAACUUGGACAAUAAACACGGCACAGGAAGUAAUGGUAUUACUAUAGCUUCUAGACAAGAACAGAUAGUAGCGAAUGUCAUAAAUUCUGAGGCCAAUCAACAGGUGUCCUAUCAGUCGAUUGAUUUGCAUAAUCGGCCUGCAGUCUUUCCAUCUGAAAUUGAUCCGAGCAAGAAGCUUCUUGAACAACCUGGCACAAUUCCUGGAAGCAUUUUAUCCAUAAACGGGAAUCACUCACAGCCAAGGACUGAUUUAAUAGGCGAGGUAUCAGCUUCCGAAGGACAUGCUACUCAGAAGCAGGACUUAGCUAUGCCACUUAAUUCAGACUGUUGCAGUAAUCUUAGUGUACCUAAGCCAACAGACAAGCUGAUUGACCAUAGCACUUCUAGUACAGAGUCUAAUACAGUGCUGGAAAUAUUGCCACGUGAUCCUUCCCAAAUAACGUUCGAAAAUGGUGGAGCAUCAGAUGUGAAGCCUACAGUAGUAUCCAAUGCUUUGGAAUCUGUUUCACCUCAUAGAUCAGAUGCUUCUACCUUCCCUAAGCUUGCCCCUGAAACUUUACAGCCAGCAUAUACUAACUCAUUCACACAAAAUUCAGGUGCUUCUUUUGCCACCUCAUUGCACCCAGUAAAUGCAUAUGAUCAGGCUCUAUCCCAAAAUGAACAGCCUAUUCAUCUAGUUCCUCAAACCGUCAGUUCAUGUAAUUGGAACCUGCCUAAUGAUACGAUGGGCAGAGAGCUGUCGGCGCCUUCUUUGAAUUCGACUACAAUGCUUUCUGGUGUAAGUGCUGGUGUUUCUACCUCAGUUAACUGCAACAACACACUUCUGGUUUCAUCUGAUGGUUCUAAGUCAUUUUCAACUCCUCAAUUGAGCAAUAGCACAAGCACAGUAACUUUCCAACCAUCUAACAUGUGUUGGGGUACUGGGAAUCCAGAAGUUAACAAUCCAGGUUGGCAAAUGCCAUAUCCAUAUCAAAAUUUUAAUAAUAUGGCAGCUGCAGUUGGAAACAUGCUAUGUGGUUCAGGAGCCACAAACAACCUGGGUUGGGGAAUGAUAGCGCAGGCGAACAUGAACGUGCCCUGGGGAGUACAACCAAAUGCAAAUAUUUCUUGGGGCCAAGGUCUAACUUUGCCACCUCAAAGAAAUGCAACUUCAAACUUUGUGUGGGGAACCCCGCAAGGAAACACAAUCCUGAACGAUGGCUGCAGACCACCGGCCCAAGGAAAUGUUGCUCCAUAUCCAUUUUGGAAUGCACCUGCACCUGCACCGGGAUCGGGGUGUUCAAGCCAAAAUCCUGUUCGUAUGCCGGCGCCUUUUGUGGGUAAUAUGAAUCAAAAUGCCUGGGGAAUACCUAGCCAGGGAACUACUGGUGCAAUUAACACUUCAGGAAUAGCUCAUGAAAACAAGAGCGCAUCUUGGGAUUCACCAAAAGAAAACCCAAGCAAUUCGAGUUUUCGAAAAGAUAAUUUUACAGAGAGGAAUAUUGGCUCAAGAAAUGGUGAUUUUCGUGGCACUGGGUCUGGGUAUGGCUCUGGAAGGCAAUCCAGGAAUUGGAUGCCGUCUGGUAAUGCAGAGGGGUCAUCUAGACCUCCAGAAAACACAGGAAUAUGCAAGUUCUUUGGAAAUGGACACUGCAAAAAAGGGGCUUCAUGUAAUUAUAUUCAUUGAUGACCAAUCAAGUGAUGAGGUUUGUAUAGUCUACCGAGUUUUCUGUAUCUGCUGUAAAUGUUUCAAAUCCUGCGAAUUUUGCUAUGUAUUAUUUAUGUUGGCCUUCUAUAGCUUUUGGUUUCAACUUGAUGGUUAGGGGCUCAUAGCAGGCUUCCUAUUAAAAAUUAUUUAUUUAGUUUGGGAGAUCAUAUUAGCUGUGGAAAGAGAAUGCUUCGAAUAUUGUAUUUGCCGAAUAUGGUACUGGUUAAAGUAGGUAGCAACUAAGCUUUUUGCAA